GGCUGCUCCUGUCCCCUGGCCUCUGGGACCCACGUGUCUCACAGUGUCACACUUGGGCUGUCCCCGGUGGUGCCCCUGACCCUGGCCGUGGCGGGGGCCAGGCAGGGAGGUCUGGGCAGAGGUCAGAGGCCCAGGUGAGCCAGCCGGGGAGCCUUUGGGCCCAGCACCUGCCUCCGGCCUGCAUCCCAGAGAGAUGCUUAGGUCUGUGGGCGCAGGGCUGGCACGGGCCCCAGUGCCCCUGAGGGGCAUCAUCCGCAGUGAUGCCGCAGAGGGGCUCGGGCCCCCGAGGGGUGACCAGGCCGUGACCCCCCUUCCCUCGCGCAGGAUGGAGGCGUCGUGCCUGGAGCUGGCGCUGGAGGGCGAGCGUCUCUGCAAGGCUGGCGACUUCAAGGCGGGCGUGGCCUUCUUUGAGGCUGCGGUGCAGGUGGGCACCGAGGACCUGAAGACGCUGAGCGCCAUCUACAGCCAGCUGGGCAACGCCUACUUCUACCUGAAGGAGUACGCCCGGGCGCUGGAGUUCCACAAGCACGACCUGCUGCUGGCCCGGACCAUCGGUGACCGCAUGGGGGAGGCCAAGGCCAGCGGGAACCUGGGCAACACGCUCAAGGUCCUGGGCCGGUUCGACGAGGCCGUGGUCUGCUGCCAGCGGCACCUGGACAUUGCGCAGGAGCAGGGGGACAAGGUCGGGGAGGCCCGGGCGCUCUACAACAUCGGCAACGUGUACCACGCCAAGGGCAAGCAGCUGUCCUGGAACGCUGUGCAGGACCCUGGGCACCUGCCGCCCGACGUCCGGGAGACGCUGCGCAGGGCCUCCGAGUUCUACGAGAGGAACCUGGCCCUGGUGAAGGAGCUGGGCGACAGGGCGGCCCAGGGCAGGGCGUACGGCAACCUGGGCAACGCGCACUACCUGCUGGGGAACUUCACGGAGGCCACGACCUUCCACAGGGAGCGCCUGGCCAUUGCCAAGGAGUUUGGAGACAAGGCGGCCGAGAGGAGGGCCUACAGCAACCUGGGCAACGCCCACAUCUUCCUGGGGCGCUUCGACGUGGCCGCUGAGUACUAUAAGAAGACGCUGCAGCUGUCGCGGCAGCUCCGGGACCAGGCGGUGGAGGCGCAGGCCUGCUACAGCCUGGGCAACACCUACACGCUGCUGCAGGACUACGAGCGUGCGGCCGAGUACCACCUGCGGCACCUGCUCAUUGCCCAGGAGCUGGCCGACAGGGUGGGCGAGGGCCGGGCGUGCUGGAGCCUGGGGAACGCCUACGUGUCCAUGGGCAGCCCGGCACAGGCCCUGACCUUCGCUAAGAAGCACCUGCAGAUCUCCCAGGAGAUCGGGGACCGCAACGGGGAGCUCACGGCCCGCAUGAACGUCGCGCAGCUGCAGCUGGCGCUCGGCCGGCUGACCAGCCCGGCGGCCGCAGAGAAGCCCGACCUGGCCGGUUACGAGGCCCAGGGGGCCAGACCCAAGCGGACGCAGAGGCUGAGUGCGGAGACCUGGGACCUGCUGAGGCUCCCCCUGGAGCGGGAGCAGAAUGGAGACAGCCACCAUGCAGGGGACUGGCGGGGGCCCAGCAGGGACUCGCUCCCGCUCCCCGUGAGGAGCAGGAAGUACCAGGAAGGGCCCGACGCCGCUGAGAGGAGGCCCCGGGAGGGCGGCCACUCCCCGCUGGACAGCUCGGACGUCCGGGUGCAGCUGCCGCGCACGAGCAUCCCGCGGGCGCCGUCUGCAGGCGAGGAGUGCUUCUUCGACCUGCUGAGCAGGUUCCAGAGCAGCCGCAUGGACGACCAGCGCUGCCCGCUGGACGAGGGCCAGGCCGGGGCCGCCGAGGCCCUGGGGGAGAGGAUUGCCCAGCCCGCGGCCACGGCCUCCCCGCAGACCGAGGAGCUCUUCGACCUCAUCGCCAGCUCCCAGAGCCGCCGGCUGGACGACCAGCGGGCCAGCGUGGGCAGCCUGCCCGGGCUGCGCAUCACCCACAACAACGUGGGGCACCUCCGUGGCGACGGGGACCCCCAGGAGCCAGGGGACGAGUUCUUCAACAUGCUCAUCAAGUACCAGUCCUCCAGGAUCGACGACCAGCGCUGCCCGCCGCCCGACGUGCUCCCCCGAGGCCCCACCAUGCCGGACGAGGACUUCUUCAGCCUCAUCCAGAGGGUGCAGGCCAAGCGCAUGGACGAGCAGCGGGUGGACCUCGCCGCCAGCCCAGAACAGGAGGCAGGUGGGCCAUCUGUGCCCCCGCAGCAGUGCCAGCCCGGUGCCAGCUAAGGCCCCUCACCCACUCGUGGACGCCAGGGGCUCAUAAUCGUCCAUGAUGCCCACAGCCCCCCAAGGAGCCGAAUCCCCCCAAGGCCACAGCUGAGGGCAGG